AUGGCAGCAUUGCAGGCGGCUGCGCCGCUCACUGGAGCGGCUGAGUUGAAGUCAUGGACAGCGAAUCGCAUCGGUGACUUGACACAGACCCGGGAUUCGGACUGCCUGGAGAUUGCCGAGUGCAUCCUGGAGAAUGAGGAUCUUGCCGACCCAGAAGCCUUGAAGGCCUGGCUGAGCCCCUUCGUCACGGAGGAGAGUGCCAAGCACAAGGCGGACAGCUUCGUGGAGGCGCUCUUCGAGCGGAAAGCGCAGAUCGCCUUGCUUCAGUCGAACCCUCAAGGUGCGGCCGGUGGAGAGGCGGCCAAGGGAAAGUCCAAGGAUGGCAAGGGUGGGGCGAAGGGCGGACGGGGCCGAGGAGAGAAGGAUGAGGACCGUGGCAAGGGCAAGAGUGGGAAAGGUGAGAAGCAGAGAGUGCUCCCGACCAUGGACAUGCCCUUCCUGCCUCGCCGCGAGGGGGAUAAGCGCCUGAUGGUCGUGGACGCUUCUUCCGGCCGCCACAACGUCCUGACGAACUGCCUCAACUGCGGAAAGGUGAUCACCGAGCAGGAAGGCUGGGGCCCGUGCCUCUUCUGCGGCAACCCCUUGGAGGCAGCAAGCUUUCUGCCAGUGGGCCGAGAAACUGCGCGUGUCGAGCAGGUUGGAGACCGCCGGACAGGCAUCAAGAGAGGUGAUGAGCGAGGUCGGAUAGACAUGGAUGGCAGGCCAGCUGGUGAUGACGACGAACGCUACAAUGCCUCGUUCCAGCGAGCGGUUGCCACCAAGGACCGGCUCCUAAGCUACGACCGGGAUGCAAAGCGAAGGACCAAGGUCUACGAUGAUGCGACUGACUGGUACUCCGAAGCCGCGAACCCCUGGCUCUCCGAGAAGCAGAGAGAGGAGGCGAAAGCCAAGGGGCAAGACGAGGAGAUGUCGGAGAGGCGCCGCAGGGAGGAGCGGCGGAAGAUCCAUGCGACCAUCGACCUCUUCGGCCGGACCGUCAUUGACACGAGUGCCGAUGUUGAGGCGAACAUGAAGAAGAAGGAUCGAGAGGCGUUUCAAGAGUGGACCGAGGGGACUACGAAGAAUCAGCGCCUACUGAAGAUGCUGGAGAAAGUAGAUUGCAUAGUUGACUGUCCGCCGUCCGACAUGGUUCAUCAACCGACGGAAGGCUGCGCUUACGAGCUCAACGACGAGUUCAUCAAAAACACUUUCAUCCACAUUCCGGCCCCACCAGAGCCCGAGGAGCUCAAGCGAGGACGCACCGCCCCCCCGCAGGUUCAUGAUGUGGACACCGACCGCGAGCCCGAAUCCGAGGCCGAGCCUUGUGUGGAGCCCGUGGAGUCACUGAAGCUUCCUGACUUCGGCUUGAAGCUUCCGGACUUCACGAAUCCAUGGACGGAAAUCGAGAACACUGUGCCAUGCCCGGACAUGCUUUGCCGUCACCGCACACACGACGUCUUUGAGAAUGGAGAUGGCCACGGCAUGACAUGGCCGAUGUAUCCCGUUGAGGGAGGCUUGGACGUUGAGGGACAACUUGAGAUGGACGAGCUGAACUAUGAUGCAAGCUAUGGCCAGGGAAGCCAAGGGAACGAGAUGACGAAUUUCGUGCAUGGAGCCUGGGAAGGACAGGUUGGAGUCCAGACAGGUGAGGUGAUGCAUCCGGCACCAGGUACAGCGGUGUUCGUCUUGCACCCUCCUCCAUGUAUGGCUUCAGAUGGUGGCUUUGGCAGUUCCCAGCCCUACCUGGUGCCCAUGCACAUCAGCCCCGUGAACUCCAUGAGCCCCGAGAAUCUCGGCUGGCAGAUGCACGCCAUGUCUUCACCGAAUUGGUCGGGGGAAAGCCCGGCGCCUGAGCUUCCAUUCACGUCGCCAGUUGUGCCCAUGCACAGCUUUUUUCCAGAGGCAGGUGAGGAAGUUCCGCAACAGGAGGUCGUCAAGCUCCGCAAGGAAGACUUGCUCCCGGAGUGCGACGAGAUCUCGGAAGUUACGCCUGCACUCUCUGACAUCGACAGGUUCUGGGAUGGACUCGGGGUGGACAUGCUUCAUCAGCCCCAGAAGAUCGGCCGUUCGCCGAACAUGGAGCACGUCUACUGGGUGGUGGAUGCCAACAAGCUCAACGACAAGGCGAAGGUCUUGGUCUCGCCGGAGUUCAAGGUGACGAGUCCAAGCCGCUCGGAGCUGAGCUUCAAGAUGGUCAUGUAUCCCAAAGAUCGAACAUCGUUCCGCCAGGCCGCUGGAGAAGGCUUUGUACAGUUGAAAUGUGAGAGCGACACUCAAGACUUGGCCGAGUGCUCUCUCUCCUUCCGCCUUGCCAUUUGCAACGGCCGCUCGGGGGAACAAGCAAAGAGGGAUGGUCCCGGCAAUCCGGUGACCUGGGACUUCAAGAGAAGCUUGGUCUGCGAUGACGACGAGGUCAAGAAGAUUUGGAACUUCAAAGACGUUGUCGACAAGAAGACUAGGACUUUUGCAGUUUGCAUCGAAAUUCUUUCCUGGCGUGGUAGUUGCUCGGAUUCUGCCAACCUUGCUUUCAAUGCACAGCCCGGAGUCGUGAGUGACUCGGAAUCUUGUAAAGCUGCGAAUGUCCAGGAGCAGCGUGGCAUUGGUGGCGCAAACGCCCAGAUGUCUGACGAGUCGCAGAAACUCUAUGAGAGGCUGCGUGCAGCCCUCCACGCCGCCGGCACUGGCAAGGGCGAGAAGGGCUACGAGAGUCUCAAAGCGACCAAGGACGCAGGUAUGGAAGGGCGAAAGACUCGUAGCUGGAACGUGAGUGGAGGUGAUCGCGUGGAGGACGAGUUCUCUGCGGUCACACUUCGCGAUUUUCAGGGCAGCGAAAGGCCUCUGCUGCCCGCCGAGGCGAGAUUGCUGCAACUGGAAGCGGCCAUCUCGGAGAUUAAGCAGGUCAAUGCAGAGGUCGUGAAGCGUGUCGACCAGCUGGAGUUCGAUUCGCGCCGACCGCAUCCAGGCGUGCAGGGGGAUCCCAACGGAGAUAUUGAAGCCAGUGAGACCUCGUCAUCUGAGAGCGAUCUCGUUCAUAGACAUUACGACACAAAGAACACAGGACUUACGGAGCACCCCGUGGAGAGCGCCGAGGGAUAUGUUUUUGAGGAAAACUGCUGGGAUGUGGUCGUCUGCUUCGGACACCCUGCCAUCGGUUAUGGUUCAUCCCUUUUGCUUCUGUUCCUUCUGGGACUCACCAUUUUCUUGCAGUUGGUGUUCUGCUACAUGGUUGCCACAAGCUUCACCGAGAACCCCUACGACACUUCUUCGCAGAAUGCCCUUAGCUACUGGAGGAUCGACAUGGCUCACAAGGCCAGCCAGGUUUCCUCGAACUCGAUGACCUCCUUGGCCUCCCGGGCCUGUGGCUUCGACAAGGCCCUGGCCACCUCCUUCAGCGAGAAGGAGAUUGCACAGAACAUCUCGGACUACGGCUUUUCUUUCCUCAGUACUGGAUUCAUCAUGUGUGCACUGGCCUUGCUGACCUGGUUUGCAACGAUGAUUUCCGAGUACGGAAAGCUCUUCCACUUUGCCUUGGGCCUCUCUGAGGUGCCAAAAGGCCACACCAUCUUCCACCUGGAAGAGGAUCAGAUUGCGCUUGUCAAGCUGUCCAGGAAACGUCUAAGCUUUAUCCUCACAACGGUCCUGGCACGGGCAGCUGUCCAAUCAAUCUUGCUUUGGUAUGGAACACUUUACCUGGUCUACACCGAAACGGUGCAAGACCUGCUCCUCAACGCUGUGGCUCUAAAGUUCGUGCUGGAGGUUGCGGAGCUGCUCUACUCAGCUUUUGCCCCGCGGCGUACGCGCACCUUCAUCCAGAGCUUGAAGCCUCUUAACUUGGAGCGUCUUGGGGCCAGCCAUCACGACUGCCUCCUCCCCACAUUCUUUUUGGCGCUUCUGUGUGUCAUGCUGGCCCUGUCCUACGUCUUUUUGCUGACCCCUGCUCUUGAAGCUCGCUCCAAGACCUGGGAAGGCUUGUGCGGAGGCCGUCAGGAUUUUGCCGUCGCCACAGAUGGCCUUGGGCGGCUUCACUACAGUCUGACCAGCGAGUACGACGACACCGGAGAGACAGAGCUGACCUCCUACGUGCACCGAGCGACUGAUCUCCUCAUCAAGGAUGCGCCUCCGGACGAGGAGCAACCUUGGAGCAUCUACGUCUCGACCUUCGACAGCUUGAGGAAGAAGGUGGACUCCCAAAGUGUUGUAGAAGCGGGUGGCACUCGUCUAUGCGAGGAUGGGGACAAUCAGAAGGGCGUCGAUGAGUGGAGCCACAUGGGGCUCCAAAUUCUCAAGAUGGUGACUCGAAAUGACUCCUUGACCGACUGUGCAUCUGUCGUGCCCUACUGCACUACAGUGGGCAUUGCUGGCUUGAGGAGUCGUCAGUGGUGUCCGUUGAGCUGCGGCUGUGCGGACCCGCUUGGCGGUUUGCUGCUCGACAGGGUGACGAACGGCUGUCCGGCCGCCUGCGCCCAGAAAUUGGCCUCUCUUGCAGAGUCUAUCGACUGCAAGGAUGGCGACUUGAACGAGACGAUGCAGUACGCACUGGGGGCGAAGGCACUUUUUACUCAGAAGGGCUUCCAGUCCAAAGCCUUGGAGCUCCUGGCAGACCGCAUGGUGGACCAGGGCUGCUUUGCCGUCGCCUAUGGAGGCACCGCAGGCAUGGACUUUUGCGUCGGCAGCAGCACACUCAGGGUUAACACAGUGAGCUUCCGCACGGUGAAGAUGGUGUGUCCCGUGGCUUGUGGCUGCGAUGGCAGCGGUCUGCCGGGCCACAAGCGAGACAUGGCCACAGUGGGAGCUGUCGGAACCGGACUGCGGAUAACAGGAGUCUGCGAGGAGCAAGGCUGGCUUAACGAGACUCGCUUUGCUCCACAUGGUGCUGCGGGCAGCGGAGCACCUGUCUUUCUGAAUGAGGAAGGUCAGAUGUAUUUGUAUCAUGGGCCGCAGUGUGCAGCGGGAACCAUUGGAUCGCGUUGGAUCUUGAGCCCCACCCUUUGCAAUGCGGGCUACUACAUGGCCUACACCGUCGACCACGACUCCUCAAGGCCACCGGACACAGCGACAUGGUUCAUGGACUGCCGAGGGUCUGGGUGGCAAGAGAUGACGUUGAAGUUGAGCCCGCUUGUGGAGGAGAAAAUCCCUGGCAAUGUUUGGAACCGGGUCAACUCCAGCUUGCAAAUCACCAGCAGCCUUUGCGGGGAACGGAAGGCCCUCGUGAACACAGUCUUUGACCUGCAGGGCGAGACGGACAGUGGAGCUCCUCUCUACAGGGCGUCAGACGGGAGCUACUUGUACCACGGACCUCACUGCGGUCUUGGCCAAAGCGGAAAGAAGUGGAUCAUUAGCCCAGCCUUAUGUACACAAGGCUUCGACUAUGCGUACAUCUUGUCAGAGGAUGAGUAUGGGCCGCCCCUUUCAUCCUCUCAGUGGUCCGUGAACUGUGGCAGGAAAGGCUGGCUGACCAUGCCGAUCAAGUUCAGCCCCAUCACACUGUACGGCCGGAUCAAGACGCCGAAAGGCUUUUGCCUGGAGCCUUGGCACGGAGAUCCGUUGCUUCAGCCGUGCACGGCAGAUGGCUCCCAGUUGUGGAUCUACAAUGCAACAAGCGGACUGCUGAAGGAUCGGCAUGGCGAAUGUUUGGAGGCCCCAGUCGUCGGCGCUUUCCCGUCACAGCCAGUCGGAACUCCCAUUCACACCACCGCCUGCGAUCCUGACUCGGCGAGUCAGAAGUGGACGUACGACAAGGACACGAAGCAGGUGAAGCUGCAAGCCGGCAACUGCCUGGAUGCUGCACAGCCGGACACGGAGAGUCCGUAUGGAGAUGCCGAGGAUGCCGGACAGUGCCUCUCCAUGCACCAGCCGUGGGCUUCCUUGCUGGUCUACGGGUUCAAGCGCGCCGAAGGCCGCUCGUGGAGCACGGAUCAUCGAGGCCGGCUCUGGAUACACGCGACUUCCAAAGCCCCGGAUCCGGACGAAGUUGCCGCGUUAGAAGAGAGGUACCGGGACAUCUACGAGUCUGCCGGCGUCCCCAUUCCGCCGCUGCCCUCGAAGUCGGGUGGCUAUCCGACUUCUGCGCUCCUGGGCUGUGUCGACCUGGAAGCCUGUUGGACCCAAGUCGAGUAUGCCAGCGUGCUGGCCCGGAACCCUUCCAUGCCUCAGGAGGAGAGCCAGAGCGAGCACGUUUUCUGGUGUCUGCGCCCACGCCGACUGCUGGUUCCCCUGAAGAUGGGCGGCGACCACAAGGAGCACGACACGGAGCCAUGA